CAGGCAUCGUGCGGAGGAGUCCGCGCCCCUUCCCCGAAUGCAUCAGCGACUUCGCCUUCGCUGGCUGGAUCCCGAUCGUCGGGGAGCUGCAGAGAUUGCUGGGGCGGGGGGAGUACAACCCCUUGCAGCCCACCCCCCUCUUCGAGAGCAACUUCCUGCAGGUGACCAAGCGGGGCGAGCUGGUGGAUCUGCACAACCGUGCCAGCCUGGUCACCCUGGGCAUCGCUGCCACCAGCCCCGCCCUGCUCCUGCCCGACGUCAUGAUCAUCGCCCGCCCCAUGGAGAGGCCCCAGGGAGAGCCUUUGGGCCCCAGGACAGCACACGCCCCACCAGAGCUGGAGCUGACCCGGCUGAUCCCACUGGAGCUGGUGAGCCUCUACCUGCACGACAUGGGGGAGCAGCGGCUGAAGCUGCGACUGGCCACGGGGCGCGUCUACUACCUGAAGCUCUGCGCCCCCCGGGGGGAGGAGCGCCCGCUCUUUGCACGCUGGCUGCGGCUCAUCUACCUGCUGAGGGCCCCCCCGGACAGCUGGGCCAGCAUCCCCUCCUGGCACACCUCCGACCUGCGUGGGCGCAGCGCCAAGCCACCCCAUAGCCAGCGGCUGCGGCCCAUCCAGGAGGAGGAGGAGCCCAGGGCCCCGAUACCCCAACUUGGGGAGCCCCCGGGCAGUGGGAGCCGGACCCCCAGCCAGGGGCAGCUGAGAGGGAGGCAGCGUCCGGCCAGCCCCACCACAGGGCAGCAACCCUCCACGCGGAGCGUAGGGGGACAGGGGUCCACAUGCUCCACGUCGCCCAGCACAGCCCUGGUGAGACGCUCCCCCAAACUCCUUGAUGGACUUUCUGGGUCCCGGGCAGAGGUCACCAGCCCCUGGACACAGGGCCCAAUGUCCAGGGAGCUGAGCGCAGAGAGGAACCGUGGCCAGCUGAGCCUGGCCAUUCCCUCUGGUUCCCGGAGCCCGGCAGGAACCCCGAGCCAGCGUGGAUCUAGUGCCGGGUCUAGAGCCACCAUGGCUCCUGGCUCCCCUGAGCGAUCCAGAGCGUCCGUGGGCAUGGGGCGCUCGGCGGUGGGCACCGCCUCCGUGGGCGUGGGGCGCUCGGCGGUGGCCAUGGUGUCGGCAGCAGCGGGUCCGUCCUGGCCAGCCAGCGCCCAGCCCUCGGGGAUGGGCGGAGAGAUGGAGCCGGGCGAGAGAUGCAAGGAGCCCAGCACGGAGACGAGACAAGACCAGUCGGGCUGCGCCAGCCCCUCUACGGAGCAGGGCAGGUCCUGUUCCCAGAGCCAGCGUGGAUCUAAUGCAGCAUCCAGAGCCGCCGUGGCUCCCGGGUCCCCUGAACGAUCCAGAGCCUCCGUGGGCGUGGGGCGCUCGGCGGUGGGCACCGCCUCCGUGGGCGUGGGGCGCUCGGCGGUGGCCACGGUGUCGGCGGCGGCGGGUCCGUCCAGGCCGACCAGCGCCCAGCCCUCAGGGAUGGGCAGAGAGAUGGAGCCGGGCGAGAGAUGCAGGGAGCCCAGCACGGAGACGAGACAAGCUCAGUCGGGCUGCGCCAGCCCCUCCACGGAGCAGGGCAGGUCCUGUUCCCAGAGCCAGCGUGGAUCUAAUGCAGCAUCCAGAGCCGCCGUGGCUCCCAGCUCCCCCGAGCGAUCCAGAGCCUCCGUGGGCGUGGGGCGCUCGGCGGGGGGCACCGCCUCCGUGGGCGUGGGGCGCUCUCUACCGUCCACUGCUUCAGUGGCAGUGGGUCCUUCCAAGCGGGCCAGCACCCAGCCCUCGGGGAUGGAGCCGGACAGGAGAUCUGGGGAGAGGAGCCGAGCCCAGCUGGGCCACACCAGCCCCUCCAUGGAGCAGGGCCGUUCCUGUUCCCGGAGCCAGCAAGGAUCUAGUGCGGCGCCCGGGCCAACCCGAGCCACUGUGACCCCCAGCUCCCAUGGGCAGCCUAGUAGCUCCAGAGCUCCCAGCUUUCCGGAGCCAGCCAGCUCGCCCAUGGCUGCUGCUGCACCUCCGGAGAGAUCUCAACUCUCUGGGGGCGUGGGGCCUUCGGAGGUCGCCACGGCGGCCCUGUCCGUGGACCCCUCUGGGCAGAGAAGCCGGAACAGCUCCGGGUUGCAUCGAGCCGAGAGACAGGGCAGGAGAUCCAGGGAGACAGUCGGAGAAAGCAGCAAAGGCAAAGCCCGGUCCAGCUCCGGCAGCCCCAGCCACAAGAGGCCGUCCAAGUAGGUGGGGUAUCGGUUAAAUACAUCACCAGCCUCCGGGCCCCGCCCCAGAGGGGCCGCAUCCCAGUGCCGGGUGAGGGGUCCCCGUAUGACCAGCCCUGAUGCCCCACCCCAGAGAGGCUGCAUCCCAGGCCCAGAUGAGGGG